GCCGCCUCCGUCCGCCCGCCGCCGCCGUCCCUCCCCCCGCGGCCCCCAGACAUGACAGCCAUCAUCAAGGAGAUCGUGAGCAGAAACAAAAGGAGAUACCAAGAGGAUGGAUUCGACUUGGACUUGACCUAUAUUUAUCCAAACAUCAUUGCUAUGGGGUUUCCUGCAGAAAGACUUGAAGGCGUAUACAGGAACAACAUCGAUGAUGUAGUCAGGUUUUUGGAUUCAAAACAUAAAAAUCAUUACAAGAUAUACAAUCUAUGUGCUGAAAGACAUUAUGAUGCCACCAAAUUUAACUGUAGAGUUGCACAGUAUCCUUUUGAAGACCACAACCCACCCCAGCUAGAGCUCAUCAAACCCUUUUGUGAGGAUCUCGACCAGUGGCUAAGUGAAGAUGACAAUCAUGUUGCAGCAAUUCACUGUAAAGCAGGAAAGGGACGAACUGGUGUAAUGAUUUGUGCAUAUUUAUUACAUCGAGGAAAGUUCUUAAAGGCACAAGAGGCUCUAGAUUUCUAUGGGGAAGUCAGGACCAGAGACAAAAAGGGAGUGACUAUUCCCAGCCAGAGGCGCUAUGUAUAUUACUAUAGCCACCUGUUAAAGCACCAUUUGGAUUACAGACCAGUGGCCCUGCUCUUUCACAAGAUGAUGUUUGAAACAAUUCCAAUGUUCAGUGGUGGAACUUGCAAUCCUCAGUUCGUGGUCUGCCAGCUGAAGGUAAAGAUCUACACAUCCCCUUCAGGGCCCACAAGGCGGGAAGACAAGUACAUGUAUUUUGAAUUCCCCCAGCCUUUGCCCGUGUGCGGUGACAUUAAGGUGGAAUUCUUCCACAAGCAGAACAAGAUGCUCAAGAAGGACAAAAUGUUUCACUUUUGGGUAAAUACAUUCUUCAUACCAGGACCAGAGGAAAACUCAGACAAAGUAGAAAAUGGAAGUCUUUGUGGUGAUCAAGAGAUUGAUAGUAUUGGCAGCGCCGAGCGAUCAGAUAAUGACAAAGAAUAUCUCAUACUCACAUUAUCCAAAAACGAUCUUGACAAAGCGAAUAAAGACAAGGCCAACAGAUACUUUUCUCCAAACUUUAAGGUGAAGCUUUUCUUCACAAAAACUGUAGAGGAGCCGGCAAACCCAGAGGCCAGCAGUUCCACUUCGGUCACCCCGGACGUUAGUGACAAUGAACCUGAUCAUUAUAGAUACUCGGACACCACUGACUCUGAUCCAGAGAACGAGCCUUUUGAUGAAGAUCAACACACACAGAUCACAAAAGUCUGAAUAUUUUUUUUAUCAAGAGGGAAAAAGAGACAAACUUGAAGAACCUGAAAAAGGACCUUUUUUUAAAAUGGCAAUAGGACAUUGUAUCAGCUGACCAGUGAUAGGAACAGUGACCUUUCCCUGACCAGUUCCGUCGGGGCCUCUCCACCGGUGACAGGCUUGCCAUGCUCGUCCCGUCCCGUGGGAAGGAGGCCGCCUGCCUCGUUAUUAUCUGUAUAUACCUUUUGUGUUCAAAGGACGCUUAAAAAUUUCAAUUAGGAAAAAUAAAGAUGGCACUUUCCCUUUUUCCAGUUUUAUACAAGUGGAGGCAGACCUGGUGUGUGAUGCGUAGGGAUGUCCCUUUGUGUUCUGUCCCCUCCCGAUGUGGCUUCAGAGCUCCCCGAGCUGUCCCGGUUCACAGCCUGCCCCUUUGCACUCCCGUGGCGACAGAUAGGGCUGCAGUUGGUGGCGAGGAGUUUCCCCAAGGGUCCGACUCCGUUGUGGUUGCAUGGAUUGGGGUGAGGGGGGUGGAGAGAAUGCUCAGAAAGGAAUCUCUUUGAUGCUGGACUCUGGACCAGGUACCAUCUCCAGCUGUUCUACAGGCACCUUUCUUUAGCAUGCUACAGUAAUUAAUCCUGGACAUUGGAGAAAUUGGCCGCUCUCACUGCUUGUUGUUUGUGCAUUUUAUUUUUUUAAGCAUAUUGGUGCUAGAAAAGGCAGCUAGAAGGAGUGAUUCUGUAUUAGGGGUACAGGAAUGAACCUUCCGCAACAUCUAGAGCCCCACAGGUGAGGGGUCUAAGCCGAAGGGGGGUCCUAGCUAAGAAGAAACACAGCAACAAUGACUUCACCAUACAAAUGUGGAGGCUGGAGACAAACACCACGAUUCAAACCUUGACAGUGCUCUCUGAAAUGUGCUUUCUCGCUUGUCCUGACCGCUCCCUCUCCCGUGUAAUCGAGGCCAGUGCUAAAGGUCAGAGGUUGUCAGUCCACACAUCAGCCCCCCGCCCACACUCGCUUCUCAGCCCCCCUCCCCGCCCCUCCCCCCGGCUCGCCCGCCUGCUGUGGCUGCUUCACGUGCCGCCCGCAAGCUUUGCGUCCUCCUCGAGCGGGAACGCGGCCGUAACGCCGUGCCCGAAGUUUCCUUCGGAGGCUCCCCGGGAAGUGAGACCAGAGACUCACGAUGCAUUGAUGCAGUCACCUAGCUGUCAGCUGUUCCGCCCUCGGACCGCACACAUUCUAUCACCAUGAGUUUUGCAGUUUUGCACACUUUUUUUAAUGUCAUUAACUGUUAGGGAAUUUUACUUGAAGAAUACUUAGCACCUAGAAUAUUUAUAUAUUAAAGAAAGACCAUGACACACGGUAAACGGGAAACAAGGAACUUCUCGGCACUGCCCAAGAGAACGUGUCUCCUCUCCUCCUGAUGGUACAGUGCUCGUUGGCUGUUCGGAAAAGCGAUUUCUGGUGAACCCGGCAGGGUCGUAGCAGGGGUGCGGAGGGCUGUAGUCGGAAGGAGGGCUCGCGCUUCCCUUUUGAACGUUGCCAGAGAACGAGAGGGCCCAGACUCCAGGAGAUCAGCAGGGUACAACUGGUAGAGUAUAGCAGAUGGGAGGAUGCUGUUUCAAAUUAUUCCCCCCCCCCAGAAAUUUGGCGUACUUCAAACUAGACUUUUAUCUUCAGGAAAUUCGAAUACCAUUUCUUUCUGGUGUAAAAUCCCAUUUCAAUGAACUCAUUGGUGCUGACGUUGUUCAUUAGCUGUGGUCUGACCUCAUUAAUGUAUUGGAUUGAGAAUGCAUUCGGCCUAGUCCAGCAGCGUUGUGUAAAGUUUGGAUGGUGAUUCGAUCCGGCGGGAUGUCAUCGUAAGAAUCUUGCGAAACGAUGCAACCCUGUCGAGAUCUGGUGGUCAAUUUCAUUUGGCAGAUUGACGAUUCAUUCCCCCCCCAGCUCGUAUGAUUUACACGUUUAUAUUUAAUUAUCCUCAUGUACCAAAAAAAAAUCAAUAGUGCUUUGGCGCUCACAAGCCACGCUGGUGAAACUGUCCAGCAGGAGAUAGACACCCACCACUCGCCCCCAAACCAAGUAUCGCUGACUAAAUUCAAUGUUCACGCUUUAAAAUACUUUUAGUUACGGACACUGUUCGCUCCAGUUUUGGGCUCAAGACGUUACGUUGAAUUUGUGUCGUUCCGCCGGGUCCCGCUGAGGCCCGGGUCGGAAGCAGUGACAUUCUAAUGGGCUUUUGCACUCUACUUCCUUUUCCUUUGGAAUGUGAAGGUCUGAAUGAGGGUUUCAAUUCUGAAUGUUUCCGCAUUUUUGAGAAGCCUUGCUUACAUUUUAUGGUGUAGUCAUUGGAAAUGGAAAAAUGGCAUUAUAUAUAUAUAUAUUAUAUAUAUAAAUAUAUAUUAUAAUACUCUCCUAUACUUUAUUUCAGUUACCAUCCCCAUAGAACUUGACAAGAAUUACUGCGACUGAAAGGUUUUUUGAGUCCUUAUGAAAACUUUAUUUAUGACAGUAUUCACAAGUAGCCUGAGAUGCAUUCUGUAGCUCAUCUCUUUGAGUUUCUGGACUGUAUGCUUCAACUUUCUGGAUGUGCAGCAGCUUACAUGUCUGAAAUUACUUGAAGGCAUCCAUCCCUUUGCACAGAGCUCCCCGCUGGGCCCUGGGCCAUCCCCGGUCACCUGGAGCCCCCCCGCCCGCCCCCGCCCCCCACCCCCGGACUCUUUUUUGCCACCAUUACUGAAGGGCAGUUGGACAGAGAGCGUAAAGACGAUUUGCUGUGGCGCGGGCUGUAAACCUCAGCGGAGUUUACAGGCAGCCUCAGAUGUUUCAGCUUUAAACAAUUACAUUAGGGUGCAAGGUCCUUGUUUUAGUUCUAGAAAACGUGUGCAAUAUGUUAACGAUGGCUGUGGUUGCCACCAAGUGCCUCGUUCACCUUUAAAUACUGUUAGAGCGUGUCCUGCAUGCAGGUGGAAGGGGCGGAGCUGGGCCCUGACGCGGGCCUUCCCAGGGGCCUCUCCUCUGCCCGCUCACAUUUUCAAUCUGUUUCCCUAUAGAGUAUAUAGCCUAAAAAAGUCCAGUCUGUUCAACAGCCUUACUCGGAUUCAGCCUCUUGAGAUACUCUAGUGCUGUGCCUCAGUGGCUCCGUGUGUGAUGCAAUGCACUGAGGAUACACAACCACCAUUCGAUGUGUACAGGAUAAUUAAUGCCUCAUACAAAUCAGUUGUCCAUUUGUUAUUGUGUUUGUUAACCCUUUAUCUCUUAGUGUUAUAAACUCCACUUAAAACUGAUUAAAGUCUCAUUCUUGUCA